GCUGUUUCCUGUCUACAGUGUCUGUGUAAUGUAGAUAAAUGUGAGGAUUUUCUCUAAAUCCCUCUUCUGUUUGCUAAAUCUCACUGUCACUGCUAAAAUCAGAGCAGAUAGAGCCUGCGCAAUGGAAUAAAGUCCUCAAUAUUGAAAUGUGACAUUGCUCUCAACAUCUCACAUCUCUCUGGAUUUCUUUUUUCUCAUCAUUACUGCUAACAAAUUCAUUUCCAGACUUUGCACUUUUAAGAAGCAAUGGAAAAAAUCAACAGUCUUUCAACACAAUUAGUUAAGUGCUGCUUGUGUGAUUUCUUGAAGGUGAAGAUGCACACUGUGUCCUACACCCAUUUCUUCUACCUUGGGCUGUGUUUGCUUACCUUAACCAGUUCUGUUGCUGCUGGCCCAGAAACACUCUGUGGUGCUGAGCUGGUUGAUGCUCUUCAGUUCGUGUGUGGAGACAGAGGCUUUUACUUCAGUAAGCCUACAGGGUAUGGAUCCAGCAGUAGACGCUUACACCACAAGGGAAUAGUGGAUGAAUGCUGCUUCCAGAGUUGUGACCUGAGGAGGCUGGAGAUGUACUGUGCUCCGAUAAAGCCACCUAAAUCUGCACGGUCUGUACGUGCUCAGCGCCACACUGAUAUGCCAAAAGCACAAAAGGAAGUGCAUUUGAAGAAUACAAGUAGAGGGAACACAGGAAACAGAAACUACAGAAUGUAAGAACAUGCCAUCCACAAGAAUGAAGAAUGAAUGUGCCAUCUGCAGGAUACUUUGCUGUAAAUAAAUUAUUUGUUAAACAUUGGAAGACUUAAAAAAACCUUUGUUUUAAAAAGCUUGAUGCAAUCUCAACCAAUGGGCAUUCUCCCAGUGAACAAUGCAACUAAACAUUCCAAUAUUAAGUCUUUAGAGAACAGAACAUUUUAACCAGCCCAGAGCUAAAAUUUCUGUGGUUGAUAUAUUACUGUUUGUUAACCUUUUUUAAAUGUCCUGCACAAAAACUCUUAAAGCCCUGUGCCCCUCAAAUGCCUACAAAUUUAUGGGCCUUUGACGGAUCCAAUUGCACUAAAUUAACCUAUGAA